AUGGAGGGUGCUGUGGGCCCAGUGGGAGCCAUCAAGGCUGUACCGCCCACGACUAACCUGUCAGAGAAGCGUGCUGCCAUUGCCGGGCCUUCGGGGUUCAAGGGUCUAAUAGGCAACAAGAAGACCUUUUCCAUCGGUUUAUUUGCUUCUCUUGGGGGCCUCGUUUAUGGAUACAAUCAGGGAAUGUUUGCCCAGGUACUGACCAUGACAUCUUUUAUCAACAAGACCCAAGGAUACGCUGCCACAACCGGUACCGGACAAGGUCUCUUGACAUCGGUCCUAGAACUGGGUGCCUGGGUCGGUACCCUAUUCAACGGUUACCUUGCAGAUGCGGCUGGUCGUCGAGCCACAGUGUGCAUUGCUGUCGCAGUUUUCUGCGUAGGUGUAAUCGUACAAGCUUGCGUUGAGAACAAGAACUACAUUUUUGGCGGCCGUUUCGUAACCGGACUGGGCAUUGGUAGCUUGAGUAUGGUGGUACCACUCUACAACGCUGAGCUGGCACCGCCCGAGAUCCGUGGCUCACUGGUCGCCAUCCAACAAUUGUCCAUCACAUUCGGAAUCAUGGUUAGCUUCUGGCUCGGUUACGGUACCAACUUCAUCGGUGGCACUGGCGAGGGGCAAUCUAAUGCUGCCUACCUGAUUCCCAUCUGCAUCCAAAUUCUACCCGCUUUGAUCUUGGCAGCUGGAAUGCUCCUUUUCAUGCCCCAGUCUCCGCGUCACUUGAUGAAUAAAGGUCGUGAAGAUGAGUGUCUGACUACCUUGGCUCGUCUCCGCGGUUGUUCACAGGAUGAUCUCACGGUCCGUGUGGAGUUCUUGGAGAUCAAGGCUCUUCACAUGUUUGAAAAGGAGACAUCGGCUCGGAAGUAUCCUCAGUGGCAGGACGGGUCCACUAAGAGCAACUUCAUGAUUGCGCUUAAUGAUUAUAAGUCCUUGAUCACCAACGAAUCUCUCUUCAAGAGACUAUCUGUUGCUUGCUUGGUCAUGACCUUUCAACAAUGGAAUGGUAUCAAUGCGAUCAACUAUUAUGCACCUUUCAUUUUCGAAGAUAUGGGGUUCACUGGCAACUCUGAAGAUCUCCUUGCGACUGGAGUCGUCGGCGUCGUUGAAUUCCUCGCCACAAUCCCUGCAGUGUUAUUGGUCGACAAGGUUGGUCGUAAAAAGAUUCUUAUCACGGGCGCCAUUGGAAUGGCUGUCUGCCAUUUUAUCGUUGCAGGUAUUAUCGCAACUUAUACCGGGAGAUGGGACGAGAACCGUGCCGCUGGUUGGGCGGCUGUGGUCUUUGUGUGGAUCUAUGUCAUCAACUUCGCCUACUCAUGGGGGCCCUGUGCAUGGAUUGUCGUGUCUGAAGUCUUCCCUCUGAGCAUGCGUGCGAAGGGUGUAUCCGUUGGUGGUAGUUCCAACUGGCUUAACAACUUUGCAGUCGCUAUUUCGACCUCCAAAUUCAUUUCCAAGACUUCCUACGGAGCCUUUAUCUUCUUUGGGUUGGUGACUACUAUUGGUGCUCUGUAUGUGUGGUUCCUUGUUCCCGAGACCCGUGGUCGCACGUUGGAAGAGAUGGACGAGGUCUUCGGAGCGACAAGCUUUGCCGCAGAGGAUGAGAGUUUGAGGCAGCGCAUUGAGCAGGAGAUUGGACUCUUUACUCUUCUUGGCGAGGAAGAGCCCGUCAAGUCUGAGAUGGUGAAGUCUGAGUAUGAACACACCGAGCCUGUCUCGGAGCCCAUCUCUUGA